AUGGCCCCUCACGCUCCUUAUACCUCGCAGCGGGCCAGCCGCCAAGACUCGAGCUCCAGCAGCUUCGAGGACGAUACAAAGGUCAGCGGAAGCUGGAUCGAAGACCGCACAGCCGCAUCGUCGGCUGCCACGGCCAACCGCCAGCGCCGAGCAGACGACCUCGCCAAGCUCGACACCAACACAAACGCAAACGCCAACGCACCACAGGCCAUCCGCGCGAGGGUCAAGGAAGGCGCAAAGAAGGUCGAAAAGAUCCAGCGCAUCGGCCUCCUCCGUGGCUCGUCGUACCUCGACCCGAAAAAGUCGACCGACCGCGAGGAGCUCACCACCGUCAUCGGCAUCCAGGACGACGCCCUGUACCGCGCCUACCUGCCGCGACCCGUAGCCGCGCUCCGUAGCCUCAUCGUCGCCGUCCUGCGCAGGGAGGCGCCCCACAUGGCCCGCCACCAGGCGUGGAUCCGCAGGCCGUGGCUCGACCGCUACUUUGUCAACACCUCGCUCCUCGGCACCCACUCCUUCUUCCUCAUCUUCCUCCCUAUGGCCUACUGGCUCGGCAACGCAAAGUUUGCGCGCGGCCUGGUCAACGUGCUCGCGCUCGGCGUCUACCUCUCGUCGGCGCUCAAGGACCUCUUUUGCAUCCCGCGUCCCUACUCGCCCCCCGUCACCCGCCUCACCAUCGGCACCCACCACCUCGAGUACGGCUUCCCCUCAACCCACUCGACCAACAGCGUCAGCAUCGCCCUCUACCUCUACCUCUGGGUCACCGCCUUCCGCCAGCUGCCGCUCGUCGCGAUCCAGCACGGCCUCGGAGGAAUCUUUGACAGCCUGUGGUGGGAGGCCGGCCUGCUCUUCUACGCCUUCAGCGUCGUCUACGGUCGAAUCUAUGCCGGCAUGCAUUCCCUCAUCGACUGCGUGGUCGGCUCGUCGCUCGGCGCCUGGAUCAGCUGGAUGCAGUGGCGAUACUUUGACCAGAUGGAGCACUUUCUGCAGCUCGACAGCUGGGUCGUGCCCCUCGUCAUUGUUCCGUUGGGCCUGCUGAUGGUGUCGGUCCACCCGCAGCCCAUGGAGGACUGCCCGUGUUUCGAGGACGCCAUUGCCUUUGUCGCUGUGGCCAUGGGCACGACGCUUGGCAAGUGGUUCGGGAUCAAGUUUGGCCUGCACCUGGCGCACGACAAUCCGCUCAAGCCGCUGGGCCCGGCGCAGAGGGCGCUGCUCAAUGCCGAGCGUCUGAUGCCCUCGUCGUCGACGGUGGCCAAGGUGGUGGUGCCCGUGCUGGAGGCGGUGCGGCAGCCCGUCGAGGCGCUUUCGCUCGGGCCCGACGGCACCGAGGUCGACGGUGCCGGCGUGCGGACGGUCAAGGCGACGCUGAUCAUUGUGGUGGGCGUGUUUUUGAUCCUCUUGCUGCGCGUGGUUGUCAAGACGGCGUGCAUGGUGGUGCUGCCGCCCGUCUUCCGCUUCUUUUCCGAGUCGGUGGGCUUCUCGCUGCCGCGGCGCCACUAUACGCCGGCGAGCGACUACAACAAGAUCCCGCUGGCGGACCUGACGGCGGUGCCCUCGGUCAUCGACCUGCCGUCGACGAUCAUCGUGACGGACGAGAACGGCGCGUCGUCGAACCUGGGCCGAUCCGGAGAGGCGGCCAACGGAAUGGCCUCGGGAGCCACGGGUCGGCCAGGAGCGGCAGGCGAGGACGGCCAACUCCGGAGUCGGUUGUCUGUGCAGCCGUCGCCCGGUCGGAUAUCUGGGCAGGGCAGCCCGACGUCUUCGCUGUUCAACCCGUCGCCCCUGGCUUCGCCCAUCCCGUCGAGGACGCCGAGCCCGGCCAUGGGCAAGAAGUCGGCUGGAACCCAGGCGGUGGCUGCGGCCAAGCCUCGUCAACAGCCGCCGGGCAAGCGGAUCCAGUUUUCGAUCGGCGACGGCGACGAUGGCAGCGCUGCCGACCUGCCCAUCCCGCUGACGCAGUCGCGGGCGCAUCCCGGCUUUGUGGCGCCCGACGAAAAGGCGGCGCGGCAGCUGGCGAGCGCGAUUGAAGGCGCGCCGGUGGCCAAGGUGCAGCAGGACGUCAAGCACUAUGAUGCCGAAGUGCUGACCAAGGUGAUUGUGUACAGCGGCAUCGGCUUUGCGGCGUCGAGCCUGAUACCCGCGCUGUUUGAGCGCAUCGGCCUGUCGUCGGUAUGA